AUGGCGGCACGGAGAAGUUUGAGAUACUCGAGGGACCCGGGUGCAAAACGUUCAAAGAACACUCUGAGAAGCACGUAUUCCAGGAAACAGAACGCUGGCCAAAAGCCCAAGGCCAAGCCCAAGGUCAAGGACGUGUUUGACUUUUCUAAUUGUUCUGACGUCUCAAACAUACUGGGAGAACUCGAGGAAGAAGAGGAACCGUACGAAACCUUCGACCCCCCUUUGCACAGUACUGCUAUCUACACAGAAGAGGAGCUGUCCAAACACUGUGUGUCCUCCACCUCCCCAGCCACCCACAGAGGAAAGGAGGGCAGAAACUUGAAGCCCUCUGAAAAUGAAGCGAGUGGAAAUGAGUCUAUAAAAGUCAGCGCAAAAAAGCCAAAGAGAAAGCUGGAGCCGAUCAGUGGUGAGUCUGACAGCUCUGAACACGACGUGAGGAGAAUGGCUUCUGCAGAAGGACGAAGGUCACGACAGCCCCAGGCUGCUUCUGCAGCCUCGUCACCCCCUGAGAGGCCAGCGGAGGCGGUCACUCCCAGGAGGACAAGACUCCACAGCGCUCCGUCCCCUGCUGUAGAAGAGACUCCAGCCACCCAAAGUCAACUGAAAACUCAGAAGAAAGUGAAGCCAUCUCCUGGCAGGAGGAAGAGACCAAGGCCCGGAGCCACAGACUCAGAUGCUUCUGAAACUAUGCAUAUUUGGUGUCUGGAAGGAAAGAGACAGAGCGACAUCAUGGAGUUGGACAUUAUUUUGUCUGAAUUUGAGCAAACUUUCCUGGAGUAUAAGCAAAGAAUAGAAUCUGAAAGUUGUAAUCAAGCCAUCAGCAAGUUUUUUUUUAAAGUUAAAGGAGAACUCAUCAGAAUCCUUAAAGAAGUCCAGAUGUUAAAAGCCUUGAAAAAAAAGAAUACCAAGAUAAUUUCCGACAUGGAAAAGAAAAGGCAGCGUUUAAUUGAAGUCCAGGAUGAACUGAUUCGAUUAGAACCACAACUGAAACAACUACAAACAAAAUAUGAUGACCUUAAGGAGAGAAAGUCAUCACUUAAGAAUUCCAAACAUUUCUUAUCUAAUUUAAAACAGCUGUAUCAAGAUUAUUCAAACAUUGAAGAGAAAGAACCAAAGGAAAAGGAAAAGUAUGAUUCCUCUAGCCUUCCAGCUCUGUUAUUCAAAGCAAGAAGCAUUCUGGGAGCUGAAAAACAUCUGAAAACCAUCAAUUAUCAGCUGGGGAAGCUCCUUGAGCAGGACUGAGAAACUGAAAUCUCCUGCUGCCAUUUCUUCUCCUGCCAGCCAGGCCUCUGUGCUGACACUAGUGAGGACUACUUAUCAGGAUGUACUGCCAUUUUGUCAUUCAAACUAAAUUACACCACUUCACUUGUCUAAUAGUUCAGAAGGCAUAGCCAUAUUUCUGAGCAUUGUGUUAAUAAAUUUCAGUCUCUUGGCAUGUUAGUCAUCACCAGGCAUAAGAGUUUUAACCUACAAUAAACUCUUUCAUGAUGUCAGU